CUUGACUGUGAAUACUGAUCAUGGGGAUAUCUUACUGGAUUACUCAAAGAACCUUGUUACAGAAGAAGUGAUGAAAAUGCUGAUGGAACUGGCAAAGUCAAGGGGUGUGGAAAGUGCCAGAGAGCGCAUGUUCAGUGGAGAGAAGAUCAACUUCACUGAGAACCGAGCUGUGCUUCAUAUUGCUCUGAGAAACCGUUCCAAUGUGCCAAUACUUGUAGAUGGGAAGGAUGUUGUUCCAGAAGUAAACAAAGUGUUGGACAAAAUGAAACACUUCUGCCAGAGAGUCCGCAGUGGUGAAUGGAAAGGCUACACUGGAAAGGCAAUCACUGAUGUGGUCAAUGUUGGGAUUGGUGGCUCUGACUUGGGACCUCUGAUGGUAACUGAAGCCCUGAAACCGUAUUCCAAGGGAGGCCCUCGUGUUUGGUUUGUAUCCAACAUUGAUGGUACUCAUAUAGCCAAAACCCUGGCUGAGCUUAAACCAGACACUACGCUCUUCAUCAUUGCAUCAAAGACUUUCACCACCCAAGAAACUAUCACCAAUGCAGAAACGGCCAAAGAGUGGUUCUUACGUGCUGCUAAUGAUCCUUCAGCUGUGGCCAAGCAUUUUGUUGCCUUGUCUACCAAUGGUCCUAAAGUUAAAGAUUUUGGAAUUGACACAGAAAACAUGUUUGAGUUUUGGGAUUGGGUUGGUGGCCGCUACUCUCUGUGGUCUGCCAUUGGUCUCUCCAUUGCCCUGCAUAUUGGUUUUGACAACUUUGAGAGCCUGCUUGCAGGAGCCCACUGGAUGGACAAUCACUUCCACACUGCCCCACUGGACAAGAACAUGCCUGUUCUGUUGGCCAUGCUAGGGGUCUGGUAUAUAAACUGCUAUGGUUGUGAAACCCAUGCCCUUCUGCCCUAUGACCAAUACAUGCACCGCUUUGCUGCCUACUUCCAGCAGGGUGAUAUGGAGUCUAAUGGCAAAUACAUUACCAAGAAAGGCUCUCGUGUGGACUACAAUACUGGCCCUAUUGUGUGGGGAGAGCCUGGCACUAAUGGGCAGCAUGCUUUUUACCAGCUCAUUCAUCAAGGAACUCGCAUGAUUCCAUGUGACUUUCUGAUCCCAGUCCAGACCCAGCAUCCAAUCAGAAAUGGCUUGCACCACAAGAUCCUUUUGGCCAACUUCCUUGCUCAGACUGAGGCCUUGAUGAAGGGAAAGACUGCUGAUGAAGCUCGUAAGGAACUUCAAGCAGCAGGACUGAGUGGAGAUGCUCUGGAGAAGCUGCUUCCCCAUAAGGUCUUUGAGGGAAAUCGACCAACCAAUUCCAUCAUGUUUACAAAACUCAACCCAUUCACUCUGGGAGCCAUCAUUGCCAUGUAUGAGCACAAGAUAUUUGUUCAAGGAGUUGUCUGGGAUAUUAACAGCUAUGACCAGUGGGGGGUUGAGCUUGGAAAACAACUUGCCAAGAAAAUUGAGCCUGAGCUGGAGACGGAUGCUCCAGUGACAUCUCAUGAUAGCUCAACCAAUGGGCUGAUCAAUUUCAUCAAAAAACACAGAGCCUGAAAUCAGAUUUGGAGGACAUCGACAAUCUAACCACCGAAUACCCAAAUCUGUUGUAGUUGUGCUUUUCUAGCCACUUCUAACAAAAAUAGCACUUUACAGAUGUAGCUUCACUUGUUGCGGUUAAUCUUGUUGCGUCGAGUGUUACAAAUGAAAACUAGUUUUGUGAAACCCGGAGAUUGUAUAGUUGCUUUCUAUUUUUGUGGCUGUUAAUCUGUAAAGUGCAGCUGGUAUGUUCCUCAGAUCUUAUCCCUCAACUUCUUUAAAGGUGAUCACAUACUGAUACUAGAAAAUAAAAGGUAUGAUGGAUGAGUAAAACUUCUUCACUCUAGCGUUAAAGUGCA